AUGCCAGUGUCGUUACAGCGGAUCCGUGAGGCCGCCAUUGACGGACGAUGCCAAAAUGUGAUCUAUCGCCAAACCCAAUUGGAAAAGCUGCACGAUGCCCUCAUCGACAACACCGAGUCAGUCAUGCAGGCAAUCCAUAGGGAUGGUGGCAACAGCAUCCCCGAGGCGCGGGUCGAGCACAUACUAGUGCUCAUGUGCUUGAGAGAAUACUACGCAUCACUAGACGCGACGAAGGCCCUUCACGAAGAGUACGCGGUUGCGCGUGGAGAGGAUGCGCCGUCACUGAGAGAAGGAGUAGGAAUCGUGUAUAUCGUUCCAACAACGCAUUCAUUGUUCUACUCAAUCGUUGUACCGCUUUCUGCUGCACUCGCAGCUGGUAAUUGUGUGGUGAUCGAGCUGGAAAAGACUGUUCGUGAAGUGCCUUCGUUGCUUCAAAAAAUUCUGAAAAGCACUUUGGAUUCCGAUAUCUUCGAAAUCGUUUCGAGUCGCGCCACAGAUGAUGAGCUAGGUUUACAUCAUGUAAAGGUUCUCCAGAGAGGAUCCGAGGAGCCAACAACUGCCAUGAGACUGAUCUCACCUUCACAAGCGCGGGUCGUCGCCGUUGUUGAUCGCACUGCCAAUUUCUCGGAAGCCGCAAAGGCGCUUGUCAUGGCGAGGUUUGGCUUUGGCGGUCGAUCGCCCUAUGCCCCGGAUAUAGUUCUGGUCAAUGAGUUCUGCAAGAAGCCUUUCCUAAACGUCAUCAUGAAAGAGACAAUCAAAUUUGCCACUGAAUUCGAAUUAUCAAAGUCUCCAGCGUCGACGCGUCCAAGCGAGGCGGACAGCAUAAUGAAAGAGCUGAAGAUUUCCAACGAGAUACAAGUGGUGACUUCAAUAGCAGACUGCGCGGUGAUUGAGGUGAAUAGCAGGGACUCCAAGAUGUUGAGCAGGAAAAUAUCAAGCCGCAGUCUCUUAAUACACAGUGUAAAAUCUUUGGAUGAUGCAAUUGAUCUUUCCAACCACAACGGAGAACUGCUGGCUUCAUAUGUAUUUGCCGAUUUGAAAGCAAGCAAAUAUUUGAGCCAGUUCAUUGGCUCUCACGUGUCAUUUGUUAAUCAAGUACCCCUGGAGAUGUUACUUGGACCCGCUGCACCGCUCAGCUCGCCCGUAGAGCGAUCUAUACGCUACCCGACAGCUCUCUUCACUGUUCAACGCUCUCAGUUUGUUACUCCUUCAGUCCAGUCGCAGCUUGUGCGGCAAAUGCUGCACGAUCCUAGUGGUAGUGCCUCAGAGAAAGUACUUCAAAAAAUGUCAGAAAAGCUUCUGCCCAGUACCAAGCGUAUGAAAGAAGGUCAGGUUGGCUUUUUUGAGCAGGGCAUAUUUAUUGGGAUUGGACUCAUCGCCAUGCCGGCGCUGGUGGGACUGGGCGCGUUGGGAUAUUAUGCGGUUCGCUUUGCAAUGAGCAGAAGGUCAUGA